UUUUCGCUAUUCAAAAUGGCACCUUCUCAAUCAGGAAGUGGAGAAAACAACUAAGAAGAAUAAGUUGGAUAAAAUUCCUCAUUUCUGUUUCUUUGACGCGAGUCUUCGUUCAAAAUCAGCCCGUGUGGUUGGGGUUUGGAUUGCGACUAAGUAACACAUUAACGGUCAUGGAGAGCAUUUGCCCUUGUUAGAAGUACAACCUAGGACAUAGCCAGCACGUGGGUGGCGGUCAGAGGGUGCGUAGCCUAAGUCAGCUGGUGGUCAUGUGUGAAGCUGUGGUCUGAUGCCCACCCUCCCCUCAGCGCUGGCCAUGGACGGGGAGAACUACCUGCAUCCAGAGGGCCCUCAGCUGGACAGCAGCUUGUUCUCUGUGGCCGCCUCUAACAUGGAGAGUUCAAUAUAUGCGUCCCCUGGAUCCUGGGGAUCCUUUCCUCAGCAGGCUGGAUACAGCAUACACUGCCCUAUGCAAUCUGGAAACCAGCAAUACCACUUGAACAGCAGCACUACCACCACCACUCCGGAUGUGCACAUGGACAUGUACUCGGGAUUCUCUGACGUAGACUUUUCCAGCCUCAACCUCCCUCGAAAUGGAGAUUUCCCCCAGGACCUGUCCUGCAUUGAUGACCUCUCGACAAACUCUCUGUUCUCCUCUCCGGCUGACUCACUGUCGGAGUAUGCUGAUGCCCAGUCCUUCAUCAGCACAGAUAACCUGGACACAGUGCCCACCCUCUGGGACGUCAACACUAGUACCACCACACCAGCACAGAGCCAGCUAGAGCAGAAUGGCACCAGCAGGUUUCAUGGCUUGGCCAGUUUGGAUGAUAUAACUGCUAUUAUCAGCACCCCACCUUUAGGAGGAUUCCAGGCUCAGAGAACCCAGCCUCAACCAGAGGAGGAAGAGGAUGCUGAGGAAGAGGAGUCAGAGGAAUUGGGUCACGUAGACACAUAUGCUGAGUACAGACCUUCUAAAUCCACCAUAGGAAUUUCUCAUCCUGACAUAGUGGUGGAGACCAACACACUAUCCAGUGUCCCUCCUCCUGACAUCACAUACACUCUGUCUAUCCCUGAGUCAACUAUCAAGAAUGGCUUGCUGUCUGCUCUGCAGCUAGAGGCCAUCAUCUACGCCUGCCAGCAACACGAGGUGAUACUUCAGAACAACCAGAGGGCGGGCUUCCUGAUCGGAGAUGGGGCAGGGGUCGGAAAGGGACGCACUGUGGCAGGAAUAAUCCUGGAGAAUAACCUUAAAGGAAGGAAGAAAGCACUAUGGUUCAGCAUAUCCAAUGACCUGAAAUUUGAUGCAGAGAGAGAUCUAAAAGACAUAGAUGCACCGAAUAUUCCUGUGCAUGCCUUAAACAAGAUAAAGUAUGGAGACACAGCUACCUCAGAAGGAGUCCUGUUUGCAACUUACUCUGCGCUGAUUGGAGAGAGCCAGGCAGGAGGGCAGCGGCGGACAAGAAUUAAACAGAUCCUGGAUUGGUGCAAGCCAGACUUUGAUGGAGUUAUUAUUUUUGAUGAAUGCCACAAAGCCAAGAAUGCCACAUCUACAAAGAUGGGCAAGGCAGUGCUUGACCUGCAAAGCAAGCUGCCACGGGCCAGAGUGGUGUAUGCCAGUGCCACAGGUGCCUCUGAGCCAAAGAACAUGAUCUAUAUGAGCCGCCUGGGAAUCUGGGGUGAGGGCACGCCCUUCAGAAUCUUUGAUGACUUCCUACACGCCAUUGAGAAGAGAGGUGUCGGUGCCAUGGAGAUUGUUGCCAUGGACAUGAAAGUGAGCGGGAUGUACAUUGCCAGGCAACUGAGUUUCUCAGGGGUAUCCUUCCGCAUUGAAGAGAUCGGACUGGACAGUGACUUCAAACUGGUCUAUAACAAAGCUGCCAAACUGUGGGCGGAGGCGUUGCAAGUGUUCAUGCGUGCAGCAGAUGAGCUGGGCCUGGUCAGCAGGAAGUCUCUGUGGGGGCAGUUCUGGUCGUCUCACCAGCGCUUCUUCAAAUACCUCUGUAUUGCUGCCAAGGUCCGCUGCCUGGUGGAGCUGGCCCAAAAAGAGCUGCAGGCUGGAAAGUGCAUCGUUAUUGGCCUCCAGUCCACUGGGGAGUCUCGCACCAGAGAAGUCCUGGAUGAGAACGAUGGGCAUCUCGACAGAUUUGUCUCUGCAGCAGAGGGAGUAUUUCAGUCCCUUGUAACAAAACAUUUUCCUUCAGAGAAACAGAGAAGGGAGAAGGCACCAGGGAAUAAGAGAAAAAGGAAGCCUAGAGGUCGCCACCCCAAGGUACCUAAGCACACAGUGGACAGCGGCGGUGUGAUCAACAUCACUGAUGACAGCAGUAGUGACUCUGAUGGCAUGGACACAGACUCCAACUCCUCACCCGACUCCCUGCUAGACAAUGAUGAUGUCAUCUUUGUGAACCACACUAGCUGCCAGACAGCAAGGAUAGAAGACAUGAAGCAGGGCCUCCUCAACAAAAUAUCCGUGCUGGGAAAAGAACUACCUCUUAAUACCUUGGAUGAGCUCAUCGAUAAGUUUGGCGGACCAGAUAAAGUCUCAGAGAUGACUGGUCGUAAGGGUCGUGUAGUUCGUCGUCCUGAGGGUAGCGUCCGCUAUGAAUCACGGGCUGAGCAGGGUCUUACCAUCGACCACAUCAACAUCAAGGAAAAAGACCGCUUCAUGAGUGGAGAGAAGUUGGUGGCCAUCAUCUCAGAGGCAGCCAGCUCAGGGAUUUCCCUGCAGGCGGACAAGCGAGUGAAAAACCAGCGGCGCAGGGUCCACAUGACCCUGGAGCUGCCAUGGAGUGCAGACAGGGCUAUUCAGCAAUUUGGUCGCACCCAUCGGUCCAAUCAGGUGACAGCCCCAGAGUACAUCUUCCUCAUCUCAGAGUUGGCUGGGGAGAGACGUUUUGCCUCAAUUGUGGCAAAGAGACUAGAGAGCCUGGGUGCAUUAACCCAUGGAGACAGAAGAGCCACUGAAUCCAGAGACCUGAGCAAGUACAAUUUUGAAAACAAGUACGGUACCAAGGCUCUGGAUAAAAUCACCAAAGCAAUCCUUGGCCACAUAGAGAACAAGGUGCCCCCACCCAAAGGAUACCCCGGGGGUGACGCCAUCUUCUUCAGAGACAUGAAACUCGGAAUGAUGGAUGUGGGCAUCUUUUGUAGGGAGUCUCGCUUUGGGAUCAGUACUGAGAAAGACUGCAGCAUCACCAAGUUCCUGAAUCGUAUCCUGGGCCUGGAGGUCCACAAGCAAAACCAUCUCUUCCAGUACUUCACCGAUAACUUUGACUACUUAAUUGAGAAGGACAAGAAGGAAGGCAAAUACGACAUGGGAAUCCUAGACCUUGCCCCAGGUAACGAUGAGAUCUAUGAGGAGAAGCAGGAAUCCUUCCUGACAGCUGGAAACCCUCAGGAUGGACAGGUUGUUCUCUAUAAGAUCAGUGUGGACAGAGGUAUGCCCUGGGAUGAGGCUUACAGCAGGUCACUGAAGCUCAGUGGUCAUGAUGAGGGAUUCUACUUAUCCCAGAAGCUACGAGGUAACCACCCAUGUGUGCUGCUGGCUGAGCAAAGAGGCAAAAACUUCACUGUCUUCAAGCCCAACAUCGGCAAGCAGACCCACCCCGAGAGCUUGGACAACCUGCACCAACGUUACCGCAAGGUGACUCCAGAGGAAGCCAGAGACAGCUGGGAGAACCAGUUCACCUUCUCCUUCAAGAAGUGUAGCCAUGCCAACUGGAAUGGGAAGUGUAAGAAAAUAGAGGAAGGCCAGGAGUGUCUGCAGGGCAUGCGCCUGCGUCAGUACCACAUGUUGUGUGGUGCUCUAUUGCGUGUGUGGAAGCGUGUAUCCGACGUGGUGUCUGACAUCACCAGCACCAGCAUCCUGCAGAUUGUCCGCCUUAGAACGAAGCAGCAUAACAAGCAAGUCGGUAUCAAGAUCCCAGAGAACUGCGUGGCCCGUGUGCGUGAGGAGCUGUUGCUAAUGGACGAAGAGGUGAAGAGAAGGCGAAAGGAGAAGGAGCAGCAGGCUGUGGAGCAGCGGCUGACGGAGGAGCGCAUGCGUAAAAUGGAGCAGGAGAACAAACACCUCCUGGCAAAUCUGUUCAACUCGAAACCCAUGCUUAACCAGUCCCUUGCUCAGUCUCUCGGCCAGAACCAGAUCCUCAAACUGAAACUGAACCAAAACGCUGUACAAAGGACACAAAGUCGAGGCCUCUCUCAGCUACAGAGAAUGCAAGGCCAAACCCAGUCCACUUUACAGCCGCCCUCCCAGAACUUAACCCUGUUGUCCUUACAGAGAAAUCCCAACCAAACCCAGCAACGGACCCAUAACUGGCCCAACAAUCCCACCACCACCUCCACCACCAACCAGGGCCCUCUGCCCAACACAGUGAGUCACAGCUCCAAUUUCUCUCAGUUUUACCCCCAGCCCUUCAUUUCCCCUUUUUCACACAUGAAGAACCCGUCUCUUCCACUCCAUCAGGCCACACUGUCUCCCAGCUUGUCUUCCAAGAAUCCCAUGAAUGAGAUCUUGGACCUGACUGUCAGCUCACCUUCCCCCUCCCCAGACAGCACGGAGGGCGGGCUAGGUCUUGAAAGUCUGGCAGGACAUGCAGCAGCAUUCGGAGAUGACUUUAAUCUGGAGUCUCUGAUUUCCCAGAAUGCACCGAAUGCCCAGCACGCUGCACAAAUACAGCAGCCUCUUUUGCUACCACAGCAGCAGCACCAGCAGCAGCAGCAGCAGCAGCAACAACAUCUGCAGGCCACACAGCAGCAGCAGAAUCACAACCUGCUGGCCAACAACCACCCCCAGGACUUAUUAGAUUUUUUUGACUUGCCCCUGUCUCCCCAGAUGCCCACACAGAAAGCCAGCCCUUCAUCCUCUACCUCCUCCUGCUCUUCUUCCACGUCCUCCACGUCUUCUGUGUCAAACAACCUGGUUCCUCACGUCUCCACCGGCCUCAUGAACUCAUCCACCCUCAUCCCAACAUCGUCCUCCUCUUCUCUUUUCUCCAGCCCGCCCUCUUCUUCUUCUCUGUUUCCCGGCUCUUCCCCCUGCUUCCCCCCCAACUUUCUCCUCCCCCCGUCAGACUCUAUGCCCUUACCCAACGGCCACUGCAGUUCCGGCACUCUCGACGUUCGUGAGGCUCUGAACAGCAUGCUACAGGCCGGACCGGACCGCAAGUCUGUUAUUCAGUACCGGCAACAAGACUAAGAGCUUAGAAACAGCAACAGCUCGUCUGGACUGUGUUUUUCUUUAGGUCGUUUUUUUUUUAUUUGUCUUUUAAAGCAGAAUGCGUCUUGUUCGCUGCUGUCUACGAUUGCACCCCUCGGACCUACUCCCUCUCCCCUCAGGGCCUAUAGUCACGUCACUGCCUGUCCUGCGCUCUGCUCACCCUUCUCUCCACCCACCUGUAGCGUUCACCUGCUUGAGGCUGUCGAGGUGAUGGCGGGCUCGAUCAAUGCCAGAUUUCUACACCAAAAUGUGUCCUCCACAGUGAAAGGCAGCUGUUAAAAGAAAAGUGAAAAAACAAACAAACAUGUGAUAACUGUAUUUUAUUGAACACAUGAGCUGUCCAAACAAAAGCUCAUUCAUUGAGGUGUGGAAAUCUUUAAUAAACCUCCCGCUGCUGAUUUUUACGAGGUAUGAUCGGUGAAGUUGCUGGAAGCUCUAAAUGCCUUUCACCAGUUAACACCACAUCUUUAGAAUUUGCUUUACUGUUACUUCGCUUCACAGCCAUUUGUCUUGGCUAAAAGGCCGUAUGCAAGGCUUGGUUUGAGUGAUACAAAAGAUAGUUAAACUGGAAGACAAGAGAAAAAAAACACAUUAAAUCUUUUAGCUGAUUAGCCAUGAAAUGCCUCAGUUUUCUUUUUUUUUUCUUCUACAUGCUCCCUCGUGUUUCUCUCCCUGCUUGUAUGAACACUAGUGUGAGGAAAAAGGGAGAGGAAGAGCAGUCUGCUGUUGCAAACAGUGCCUUUGGAGAAAUCUAUAAAUGCAGUCUUUAAAAAUCCAUGUAGCCUAAUGUAUAGAUUUGUACUUUUGAGCGUUAGUUUUCCAUUUUAAUUUAAUAAGGUGUUUAUCUAUUUAACAUUUAGCCCCCUCAGUCAGUCAGUCAUCAUUUGUGUUACAAUAUGCUGGUGAUGGUUUUCUAGAAGAAGCCUCCAGUGGGCCUGUAUGUGCUUGUUUGAUUGUCUGUGGAUCUGCGACAAUGUGCUAGGAGGUUAGAGUGUUAAGCAACAUGGAUAAAAAUUGUGUCCAAAUAUUUUAUCACUUUUUUUUUUUUUUUUUUAACAACAAUAACAUUUAGCGGUAUGACUCCUGGUUUGAUUUGACUUUGAAUUUCUCAGGAAAGUCUCAAGAGGUUUGUUGGGUUGUUUUAUGUGUCAUUUUGACCAACGUAGGUAAUGAAAACUUUGUUUCAGUCCUUGAUUACAGUGGAUGACAAAUAAUUUAUUGUCUUGAGGUUUGAAAAGCAAAUCCUGUUGUUUUAACAAAAGCUUCACUUUGAUAGUAGCAACAAGUCCAGUUAUCGUUGAACCCAGUGUUCAAGAAGAGUUCAAAAUAUAACAAAUAUCUGAUUAAAUGUGUUUCCAUUUCAGGCAUUAAGGCUAUAAAAACAUCUGAGACAUGUAGACUUGUAAGGUUCACUGUGUAUAAUAGUACAUGUUUAAAAACCUGUGAGAUCUGGCCGUCUUUGAGUGACAAUGAUGCACUGUUCAUGACAAAAUGCCAGAAUAAGUUCAAGUGAUCAAAAAGCAAUAAAACCAUAUUCUACAUUUGUGAUGAAACAGAAAUGCAACAGUACUGUUAAAGCUGAACAGGCAAAGCUUUACUGCUACCUUUGCAUGGUAUGAAUCUUCUUAUUUCUGUUGUCUUUUAGUUAAAUAGGCUCUGAAAUGCAUACAACCUUUGUAUAGUAAGUUUUCACGGGAUGAACGCAAUGCGUUCUUGAUGUUUUAGUCAUCGUUAUUAUAAAAGUUAUUGUUAUUUAUAUUUAAGGGAUAUUUAGAUUUUAGAUAUGUUAUCCUGCUUAUUAGAAUAGUUAACGAAAUGUUUGGUCAGGGAAGUUUCUAGUUUUCAAGAUUACUAUAAAACAAAUUCUAUUAUAACCUGCCACCAAAUACGAUUGCACUGUUCUGUACUGCUGUACAGUGUCUGGAUUUAUUUCUGCUCAUUUCAGUUUUGCUCUUCUCAAGUAGAAUUGUUUCUCCAGCUUUGUCAGGUCCGCUCCAGACCUUUGUCAGGCCUUCAGUUCGCAGAGAGAUACCAAAGUAUUCCACAGACACCCCUAAAGUUACUGGCUCUAAGAUAUCAGACCUUUUAUCAAUCUCAGGAAGAAACCUUCAAGAGGUGUAACAGCGGGGCGUUAGCAGAAAUAUAUCAUUUCCCCUUAUAACAGUGGUGAAACUAACCAAUACAUGUGCUGUUUUUUCUUAACUUUGUGCUGUGACUCUUGCUGUAUUUAUGUUUUAGACUUAAUGUGAUGGGUUUGUCAUUUGUCCUUGUGAAAAUGUCAGUGAUUCUAAAUGUUUAUGCCUUCUUAGGGCAAAGAUCAAAGGCUGUUUCUUUGUAAGGAACAUUAUUUCUCUGUGGACAUUUUUAUUUUUAUUUGUGUUGCAGUUGUUGGACAUUUAAUUCCUGUUAAAUUUGACAGAUUUUUGAGUCGAUUCGCACCCAGGUUAUACUGAAAUGUGCAACUGAUCUGUCCAAGCCUUUACACCUCCCUCAGUGCAACAGAUGUUUAGGUUCAGGUUUGGACUGACUGACUCCCCGUAUCACAGAUUCUUGUCAAUGUUUGUUGUUUUUUUGGGGUUUUUUUUUUAUUUGCAGCAUCUGAAAAUAGCAUGUUUUCCUCAUACCUUCAUUAAUUUUGCUUUUAAUAUUCCUCAUCAGGCACAUUCCGAGACAUCAGUCUGCAAAAGAUUUGCCUUUGAUUCUGUGUGUUAAAGUCACACCUAUAAAGCUUUAUGCAUUUGAGGGAUAUGGACCGCAUUUUUAGGAAGAAAAGGCUUUUUUUUAAGAAUCCUUUAUUAGUGUAGUUAGGCCUUUUAUCAUUUUAUUAUCAUUUUGCACUAAGAAUGGCAUAAUCAAGUUACUGUUCUCUUGUUGGUUAUGAUUGAGCGUUGCAAGCUUGUUGUGUUUCUGAUCUUUGAUGGAUUCCUCUGUGUAUACUGUAACCAUCUCUCUUGUUUCUCCACCGUUUGCAUAUUAUAUAAAUGUUAUCACUCUCAAAUAAUUUAUUGCUAACAAAAAAUGAAACAAAAAACAUGCUACUGAUUGUAUUGUUAUUGUAUUUUUAAACAAAGCCUAUUUUUUCUGUACAAAAAGAAACUGUGUUCAGCACUUUUAUUCUGGGUUGUGCUUUUGUUUUCUAUAUAUUUAUAAUUUAGAUCCAAAUGUAUAUAUUGUAAAAUUUGUGCCUUUCAACUAAUUCUUUAAAAAGGUUUUCUACUCAUUAAAGGAAGGACUAUAUGAAAUUGCAAUCUUAACUUUGUAAACAAAUAAAAACUUGAAGAUUGCUGAAA